UUGAAGAAAAUUAACCACAAAAAUAGGUUGAGACUGACUAAAAUAUUAUGAAGUACAGUUGCGAUUAGGUUUAAAGAAUGGAGAGCAAGCAAGUGGCUGUAUCUCGUCAAUGGCGUCUUCAUCGUGCCUCUUUGUCUCUUGCUUUACAAGUAAUUAAGAAUAAAACUAAUUAGGUGCUUACUCUUCCUCUAAACCACCACACUUCUCCUCCCUCUCUCGUGGUCAAAUAUAAACGCCCACUAAUUGGACGUACGUUUUCCUUCUUGUCAAAUGUCAAGGUUUCUGUUGAACUACCCAGCAAAUCUCACCAACGUGCAUGCUUCUAGUUAAAUUCAUUAAUCUCUUCCUGUUUUAUUUUACACCGAUAAUCAAUUCGCUCAAUAGCCAUCAUUGCCGGCACCGAGUGCAUGUGAUAACAGCUAGCAAUAAGAUCAAGAACAUGGCCGCAGCUGCCAAAGUUGAGACGGAGAAAAAAGUAGCUGAGAAAGAAGUGAUCACCGCUGUCUACAAAGUUAAUCUGCACUGCCAACAAUGUGCACGGGAUAUCAAGAAGCCUCUUCUGUCCACCCAAGGGGUUCACAGCGUGGAGGCUGAUGCUGAGAAGUCUGAAAUCAAGGUUAAAGGGGUGAUUGACGUGAUAAAAAUACACAAACUACUACAGAAAUUGAGCAAGAAAAAGGUUGAGUUGGUUUCACCAUUAGUUAAGGUCACAGAAUCUGUAACGGAGAAGAAGGAAGUGAAGGUUGAAGCCAAACCAGCUCCAAAAUUAAGCACCCAUUCUAUGAAGGUUCACUUGCACUGUGAUAAAUGUGAGAAAGAUCUGCGCGAUAAGUUACUGAAGCACAGAAGUAUUUACAGCGUGAAGACGGACAUGAAAGCACAAACUAUAACAGUUGACGGAACAAUGGAGGGUGAUAAACUAGUAGCUUACAUGCGAAAGAAGGUGCACAAAAAUGCAGAGAUUAUACUCCCAAAAUCUGAGAAAAUGGAGGAAAAGAAAGAAAAGCCAAAAGUCGAAGCUAAACCCAAAGAAGGAAAGGCUGAAAUGGUGGAAUUCAAGGCAGAGAAGAAAGAAGAAAAGGCUGAAAUGGUGGAAUUCAAGGCAGAGAAGAAAGUGGAGGUAAAGAAUACAGAGGGAAUUGCGCCUUAUGUUAUUAACUAUGUCUAUGCUCCUCAGUUCUAUAGAGGUGAAAAUCCACUUGACUAUGUCUAUGCUCCUCAGUUAUUCAGUGAUGAAAACCCACAUGCUUGUUUUAUAAUGUAGAAGAUUCACAAAUUAAUUUU